UUCAGGUUUUCAAACUAGCGUUGAUCAGGUGGGUGGGGCAGAGUGCGUGUUUUUCUUUAUUUCGUGUCGUGGGAUAAGUCGUUUAAGUGUUGGAAUAAUCGGAUUAUAAUAUUUUCAGUUAAAUUUGAGGUCAUUAACAAAGGUCCGGCAUUCGGUCGCAAGCAAGCUGCGAUAUCGAAUCUCCUUUACCGUAUCUAGGUUACGUGAAAAGGUAUAAAACAAGCAAUCAUGCCAGUUGAUUUGAACGGCUACUGGAAAAUGAUCUCCAAUGAAAACUUCGAGGAGUACUUGAAAGCUCUAGACGUGAAUGUCGCAAUCAGGAAAAUCGCCACUUUGCUGAAGCCCGACAAAGACAUCACUCAUAACGGCAAUCACAUUAUCAUUAAGACGCUGAGCACGUUCAAGAAUUACAACAUGGAUUUCGAGGUGGGGAAAGAAUUUGAAGAGGAUUUGUCUGGUGUGGAUGACCGAAAGUGCAUGACGACGAUUACCUGGGAGGGGGACAGGCUGGUGUGCGUGCAGAAGGGAGAGAAAGCGGGCAGGGGAUGGACACAUUGGGUAGAGGGCGAUGAGCUACAUUUGGAACUGAGAGCAUGUGGAGUGGUUUCCAAACAAGUCUUCAAGAAACAGUCCUAAAUUUGCCCCAGAGACUGAGAGCAGCACAGAAGCACAGGGGCACGGACGAGAGCCAACCCUGUGGCAGAACCUCCCCUCCUCUCUGGUGACCCCUCCAUCCCUCCCUCCAUCUCUUCAAUUAAUCCUCCUAACCCCUCCCCACUCUCCACCCCCUGCGCAUGUCCCAAUGACCACCAUGGAUGGCCCACUGUUGUAUCAUGACUAUAGUGUUCACCAAGCAACACCCCCCUCCCCCUUACCCCCCACCCCCCAUGAAUACCAUGAUGCCUGGGUCUCCCAGAGACCAACUAACCACGAGUGCAUGCCAAGCAUUCUGAUUUGUCUUUUUUCCUAUUAGAAAAAAAUAUUCACACUCUCAAAGAGAGGGUCACUUUGAUUAAUUUGCGCCUAGGUGUGGAUGAAUUAACGAUGCGUAGACAUAGGAUUUUGUCAUUAGCACCUCAGUCUCUGAUAGAGAGAUGCUAGAGCCAGACUGAUGUCUGGGUCAAGUUGUUGCCGGUGUGAAUGCGGGAUUUGUGUCUGAGAGCAAAGGAGAAGGAUCUGUAUUUGUGUAUUUGUCCUGUGCGGCGUGGCAGUGACAAACAGCACAAGAUGGGAGAUGUGUGUGAGCGUGGCUGGGCGGUUGUAACUCUCUGGGUAGAGUCUGACAGGAAGUAACAUCUCCUGGGCAAAACGUCCUUCAUUAUUGCUUUGUCUCCGCCCUCAACUGAGCAAAUAAAUCUGAAAUAAAGAGGAAAUCGAAA